AUGGAGGAAAAACAAGAAAUUAUGGAACUAUAUGAGAGCAUUUCUAAUGCUAUAACACGAGCUGAUGCGCAAGCUGGUAGCCAGCCUGUAGGUGCUCCUGCAGCUGUCAUUACCGCUGCCCAGCAAGCAAGGCAAUCUAUGAGGUGGACCAAUGUCAUGUCCUCAUUUGUUCUUCGCCGCUUCUGCCAACUUAUCUCAACCGGGGUCAGAACAGAUAAGGGUUUCAAGGAGGUCCACUUAAACCAAGUCGCUAGGGACCUUCAGGAGUUCACGGGAAAUAAUGUGACUAGGACUCAAGUCUAUAACCACUUGCGUAAGUGGAGGAAUAGGUGGCUGAGAGUGACCAAGCUUAGAGAAAUGAGUGGCGCUUUGUGGGAUGAGGAUAACUCCAUGAUCAGUCUAGAGGAAGAGCACUAUAAUGGCUAUGUUAAGGCUCACCCUAAGGAUGCUGAACUCUUGAAUAAGCCAAUAGAAAACUACCAGCAGAUGCAGAUUACAUUUGGCAAUGGACUAGCCACAGGAAAGUUUGCUAUGGGUUCUAAUCAGCCUUUGGGAUCUCCAUCUGACUGGUCUGAGAGCUCUCUUAAGUAUGAUGAGUCUCCUAAAGGGUUUGGGGAUGAAGACAAGCAUCAGGAUGUUGGUGGCAAAGCUGGGGGUAGUGGCAACCACCAGGAUCCUGGUGCUAAUGCUGGUCGUAGUGGUUCUGGGGUGGGCAAGAAGAGAAAGAGGACAAUGCUAACUGAGGAGGAUACUACUGUGCUUAGUGGCAUGACUGCUGCAAUCAACAAUGUAGCUGAAGCUAUUAGGGAGACCAAGGUUGAAGAUGUCCAUCCUGACCUCUAUGCUGCUGUCAUGUUUGUGUCUGGUUUCACAGAUGAAGCCUUGAUUGUUGCCUACUCUCAUCUAGCAGACAACAAGGCUCUUGGGUCAGCAUAUGUGCAGAUGUCUGAUUCUCACCGUGUGUUAUGGCUGAGGACUUUCUUGGCCAUGCACUACUACAACUAG